CUAGCGGAGGAAAGCGGGAAGUACGCCGUUAUUAUGAUGUGUAUGUUAUGAUGCACUUUAUCUCCUGCUUUCCUUUCUCUUCGGCUUCAAAUCUAAACGGAAACUAACCUACUGCUGCGUGUUUACUGUGCGCUGCCAUCUCUCUGUCCCCCCCCCGGGGCUUUUAACACCAAACUGCUGCUGAAAACCAAAAGGCUGCAGCACCUGAAUGAGUCUGUGAGUGUGUCUGUGUGUGUGUGUGUGUGUGUGUGUGUCUGUGUGUGUGUGUGUGUGUGUGUGUGUAAACAUGGGGAGGUAUUUCCAGAGUGAGGUCGACAUUAAUAGUCCGUGGUAUCAGGUUCUGGCCGCCUUCUGGCAGCGCUACCCAAACCCAUACAGCACCCAUGUGCUCACCGAGGACGUCCUGUACCGCGAGGUCACCCCUAGCAACCGCCUGUUGUCGCGGCGCCUGCUGACCAAAACCAACCGGUUGCCGGGCUGGGCGGAGCGCGUGUUCCCGGCUCACAUGGCUCGCCGCGUCUACGUGCUGGAGGACUCGGUGGUCGACCCCGAGACACACACACUCACCACACGCACCUGGAACAUCAACCACAACAAGCUGAUGACGGUGGUCGAGGGCUGUUUGUUUGAGGAAGAUCGCAGUCGGCCAUCUUGGACCAAACUGAGGAGGGAGGCCUGGAUCAUCUCCACGGUCCGCGGCCUGGCCCGGCCCAUACAGGAGUUCGGGCUCGCCAGGUUCAGGAGUAACCAGGACAAAGCUGUGAAGGGUCUGCAGCACGCUCUGAACAAGAUACAGACUGAGGCCCCGCCCCAUCUCCAUGGCGACCAGGACGAGUCGUCAGAGAAGCACAAGCUCCUCCCACCACAGGCCCCGCCCACUUCUACCCAGAAGCCCAAGCAGUUCGUCUGACCUCUGCAGCAGCGCUUC